AUGGAUCAUUUAUCUUCUACAUUAACAACUCUCAAAGACCAAGCUAAAGAUGCUCUCUGGGCUCUUUCAGCCGGCUGGUCAAGCUGUGUAAUGUGCCAGCAGGAAGCGAAGGUAAAGAUCAAUGGAAGGACUUUCAAAAUAAUCAAAGUCCUCGGCGAGGGAGGUUUCUCGUUUGUUUAUCUCGCACAAGAUGAAGGAAGUGGUCGUCAAUUCGCCCUCAAAAAAAUCCGCUGUCCAACCGGCAACGAUGGCGUCAAAGAGGCCAUGCGGGAGGUCGAGGCAUACAGACGGUUCCGGCACCCGAAUAUCAUACGUAUAUUAGACUCGGCGGUGGUCCAGGACGAAGAUGGAGAAGGGAAAGUUGUAUAUUUAUUUUUGCCGCUGUAUCAGCGAGGCAACAUCCAAGACCUCAUCAACGCCCACCUUAUCAACCACUCUCACUUUUCCGAACGAGAGAUGAUCAAGCUGUUUAAAGGGACGUGUGAAGCCGUUCGUGCGAUGCAUGAAUGGAGACCUGCCAAAGGGGCGAAGAAGGGCAAUCCUACAAAUGAAGCUAGGUCGAAUGCUCACCAGAACGGGUCAAGCUCCAACCAAAGACAAGGAAGAUCCAAUGGAAACGCGCCGCAGGUCCAGUCGAAUAGCUCACAGUCAAGAGCACAAACCAAUGCGGACGGUGACGAUGAAGAUGAUGAUCAUAGAUUCCCCGAACCAGAAGGUGAUGCUGAAGGAGGAUACUCUUAUGGUCCCUCAUCUAGGGGUACCGGUAAGCCCUCAAGAAGUGGCUCGGGGUCGGUACCGUUGAUUGACCGUGAUCGGGGUGAGGAGGAAGGGUUGAUGGGAAGCCAAGCAGAUGAUAGAGGCGGAGAAGCGUUGUUUGAUGGGGAUGAGGAUGUUGCUGGCAUAGAUGGCGAAGGCGGAGCCGGUGAGCGGGGGGAGAUCGUUCCGUACGCUCAUAGGGAUAUCAAACCUGGGAACGUCAUGAUAUCCGAUGAAGGUCGACCUAUCCUCAUGGACUUUGGAUCUGCAAUGCGAGCACGGAUAAAGAUAGAAAAUCGUUCCAUGGCGCUAUAUCAGCAGGACAUCGCCGCUGAACAAUCGACAAUGGCGUACCGUGCUCCGGAGCUCUUCGACGUUAAAACGGGGACGAUGUUAGAUGAGAAGGUUGAUAUCUGGUCCCUCGGUUGUCUCCUCUUCGCCAUGGCUUACUCUCACUCUCCCUUCGAAAACACCCAAACGACAGAACAAGGUGGGUCUAUCGCUAUGGCUGUCCUCAAUGCACAGUAUAAGCACCCGAGAGGGAGCGAAGGGAGGUAUUCGAAUGGGCUGAAAGAGAUGAUUGAUAGUAUGCUCAAGGUGGAUCCGGAGGAGAGACCGGGGAUUGAGGAGGUAUUGGGGAUGUGUGAGAGUGUUGAGAGAAGGUUGAGGUAG